AUGAGUGGUGGCCACCAGCUGCAGCUGGCUGCCCUCUGGCCCUGGCUGCUGAUGGCUACCCUGCAGGCAGGCCUUGGACAUACAGGGCUGGUACUGGCAGCAGCGGUGGAGUCUGAAAGAUCUGCAGAGCAGAAAGCUGUGAUCAGAGUGAUUCCUUUGAAAAUGGACCCCACAGGAAGAUUGAACCUCACAUUGGAAGGAGUGUUUGCUGGUGUUGCUGAGAUUACUCCAGCCGAAGGAAAACUAAUGCAGUCUCAUCCCCUUUACCUGUGCAAUGCCAGUGAUGACGACAACCUGGAACCUGGUUUCAUAAGCAUUGUCAAGCUGGAGAGCCCAAGGAGAGCCCCUCGUCCUUGCUUGUCAUUGGCCAGUAAGGCCCGGAUGGCAGGCGAGAGAGGAGCAAAUGCUGUCCUUUUUGAUAUCACUGAGGAUCGUGCAGCUGCUGAGCAGCUUCAGCAGCCUCUGGGAUUGAGGUGGCCAGUGGUGUUGAUCUGGGACAAAGAUGCUGAGAAGUUGAUGGAGUUUGUGUACAAGAACCAAAAGGCCCAUGUACGAAUUGAGCUGAAGGAGCCUCCAGCUUGGCCAGAUUAUGAUGUGUGGAUUCUCCUUACUGUGGUGGGUACGAUUUUUGUGGUCAUCCUUGCUUCUGUACUACGGAUCAGAUGCCGCCCUCGCCAUAGGCCGGAACCUCUGCAACAACGAACAGCUUGGGCCAUCAGCCAGUUGGCCACUCGAAGGUACAGGAGCAAUUGCAGACGAGUUCAAUCCCAGUGGUCUGACUCUGGGAGCAGCUGCAGCUCUGCGCCCAUCUGUGCAAUCUGCCUAGAAGAGUUUACAGAUGGGCAGGAGCUACGGGUUAUUUCCUGCCGCCAUGAAUUCCAUAGAAGCUGUGUGGAUCCUUGGCUGCAUCAGCACCAGACCUGCCCACUCUGCAUGUUCAACAUUAUAGAGGGAACUCCAUUUCUCCAGUCCUCAGGACCCUCACGUCCAUAUCAAGAACCUGGCAGAAGGCUCCAUCUCAUUCGCCAGCAUCCUGGUCACGCCCACUAUCAUCUCCCUGAAGCUUAUUUGCAGGGCACUUUACAGACUCCAGUAGCCCAACCCUCUCAACCUGGUCCCUUCUUAUCCUCCAUACAACAUGGCUCUUGGCAUCACCGCCCAUCUAGAACCUUGCAUCUUGGACAUGCAUGCACUCGGCCUCGCCCAGGAGCUCCUCAUAAUCCCCAUACUGCUUCCUGGAGGCUGGGCCGCCUCAGAACCUGUUCCAUGCAGCACCCAUCGACUUGCUCAAACUCUCCACGACGGUCAAGGCCACAUGACAGCAGUGGAUCAGGGGAGAGCUAUCGUACAGAGCGAAGUGGCUACCUGGCAGAUGGACCAGCCAGUGACUCCAGCUCUGGGCCCUGCCAUGGGUCUUCCAGUGAUUCAGUGGUCAAUUGCACAGACAUUAGCCUUCAGGGCAUCCAUGGCAGCAGCUCUACCUUCCGAAGUUCCCUUAGUGAUUUUGACCCCUUAGUAUACUGUAGCCCUGAAAGUGAGACCCGGGAGGAGGUACAACUCAGUAUAGGUUAUCGGCCCCGAUCUCUGGACUCUGUGGUACCAAAAACAGAUGCUCAUGUGUCAAGCCAUAUCCACUACCAUAAACACCGGCACCAUCAUUACAACAAGCGCUUCCAGUGGCAUGGCAGAAAAGCUAGACCAGAAACUGGACUAUCUCAGCUCAGGCUCACAGCUUCCCAGACAGAACCCCAAUCAGAGCCCCCACCUCUUGUCCAAAAGACCCCCAAAUCUAUCUCCUCAUCCCCAUCUAUACAGGUCUCUUAUCCAAGGCCUCGUGCUCUCACAGAGUCACACUGUGGCUCUGAAGAAAACUCUGGUCCCAGCCCUGCUUGCCUCUCUAGCCCUUUAGGAUUACAGAGACCUGUUGUCUUGACACGUCACCCACAGAGGAAACGGAGGGGGCUCCCAGAACCUAUCUCAGCCUCCCAACCCCAAGAUGUGCGUGUGAUCUCUAGCUGCCAAGCCUGUCCCAAUCAUGAUCCUAGCUUAACAUAUCCCUGGCCUCGGGAGACCCACCCAUUGAUCCCUGGACCUCUGGGCCUGGAUUCAAGGCUGCUACCAGAUGCUACAGGACCCUGUUAUUCAAGCUCACAGCCUGUGUGGCUGUGUCUUACACACUGUCAUCCAUUGAGUCAUUGUCCACCUGAGGAGAGACCCACUGAAUGGAGUCCUGGUGUUCUAGAGGACAGGACAUGCCCUUAUCCACAUUGCCAGGUGCCAACAGCCCAACCUGGUCCAGAGGAGGAGAUUGAAGAGCUGUGUGAACAAGCAGUGUGAGAUGGGACGGGCUCCAGCUCAAGGCCUUCAACAAUGUGCCCUGGAUGACUUGGCACCAAGCCCAGCUCAGAAUCCCUGCUUCCCUCCCCCUCUAAGAGAAGAAAGGGACUCAGUGAACACCCUUUCUUUGGCCAUACUCAAAAGUGCCAGUAUAGGGGAGAGGGAUGAUGAUGUUAAGAGAGUGCUUGCCCAUAUCCAUGGUUUGUUUCCUGUUCUUUGCUCUGGGAUGAUGACAUCUACAAAUUGGUCCUAACUGAGAUCUGCAGCAUUGAGAAGUCAGUGCCUAGCAGGGCUUCUAGCUGCUGCUUUUAUGAGCCUGGCUCUCUUCCAGGUUAAAUCUUCUGAAGACAGCCAUGCUGAGGGGUAACUUCUGGACUAUUUUCCUACUCUAUCCAUAGCCCACUAUGGCUCAGAUGGUUUCAUUCCCCACUUAAAUUCAGAGUCCUAGGGAACAUCAUAGUUGUGCUGGAUUAGAUAUAUGUGUACAAACAGCCAUCUGACCCUUUCCUUCUGCUGUACCCCAAAAUCAACUUUUAUUUACUAUUUUUAUUAGAGAAAAGGGUGGUGGGGAGGGGAUGAUAGGUUUAUCAAGGGACAACUAGGAUUGAAAGGAUCCUUGCCUUUGCCCUUAAACUUAUACACUGAGUUAUCCAAGCCUUCCUACACCUGUGGUAUCCACUAUAUUAAGCCACAAGAUAUGCCCUGGAAAGGGCCCAAUAUGUUUUAAGCCAGGACAUAGCAUCAUGUCCCCUAAAUCACUCAGUGUCCUUAGGGUGGAUUCAUAGGGUCUUGAGGGACAUGCACCAAAGCAGUCCAAGCCUAGUCCUUAACUUGGCCUUCAGAAUCUCUCAUUGUUGCAGAAGUGAUUCCUGGGCAAGUUACUUAACCUCAUUGGACCUGUUUUGCCAUCUGAAGUAGGAGGCAGGAUUUGCACUCCAUGACCUCUAAGAUUCCUUCCAGCUCUGAAUCCAUGACCACACUUCUAAAGCUACCUCACAGUAGCUCUCAUCAGAAUUUCCCUACCUUUUCCUACCCCUGUAGGCCAUAUAAGGCAUUGGUGUAGGGAAAAGAGGCAAUUCAUCUGAGUGGACAGUGAUAAAAGCAGAAAAAGGAAGACUUUACCAGAGCAGAGAGAGGAGACUGAGGUUUUUCAGUCCUAAGACCAAAGCUGAAGAGAGUACAGGAAGGAGGAAGACGGGAUUAUAGGAUCCAUGAGGCAUGGAGGUUCAGCUCUGCAAUGUGAAUCAUACAAGGGAAGAGUGGGGGUGGAACAGAAAGUUAAUGGUGGGGGGCUAGAGAGACCUCUUUAAAACGGUACACACUUCAGCCUUGUACCACUCCUCUCAGGCACUAUUUGGAACAGGAAUGUGGGGGAAGUGGGAAUAACUCUCCAUGGAAGUUCUAGGAACUGGUGGGGAGAAGCAGCAUCUCAGAACCCACCUGGUUAUAUCUGAACCAGACUCGGAAAGAUGCUUGAAUCAGGCACUAUGUUGAGAAAUGUAUUUAUUUACUAAUA